AUGACUGCUGCUGUUACUCCUACUGUUUCAUCAAUCUUCCAGUGUGUACGUAAUUUCCAAUGGUACUGGAAUUCUGCUGUUGAUCCAUGGUCAUCAGCUACAUUUGAUGCAUGGAUGAAGUAUACAGACAUAGAAAAUGAAAUUAUUGAAGAUGCUCGUGUUUUACAGAAAUCAGAAGUAGAAAUUGAUGGUAAUUAUAUUAAUUUAAAAGAUCAAAUACAGUUUAACAAACUUGAUAAAAGCAAACAACGACCAAUCAAGCGUGUUCAGUUACAGUCUGGUCGUACUAGCACCCAUUUACGUGAAGAUCGUUUUUCAUUACCUAUAAUAACUCGCACAGCUCCAUCGCCUUCAUUAUUGAGUUCAACAAAAAGCGAUAAUAGUAUUCAAUUAUUGCGGGUGAGAAACGGUCCCGAAUUUCCAAGUACUUACUACAAGAUGAACGUAGGGAAAACCUCGAAAACAUUUGCUGAUGUUAUUGACGAAGCAACUCGUGGUAUGAUUGAAGAAGGUGCAAAAAUUGGUAAGAAACAUGAAGCUGAGUGGUUGGCUAAACAGUUACGUUCUGUAAAACGUUUUGGUGGUGAACUGGUCGAUGAACCGGGCAGCUGCUAUUAUUCGGUAGUCUAUAGUAGGAAAUUACCUCGUGAAAUUGGCGAGAUGUGCGUUUAUCUUUACACAAAAGAAUGCUUUUGGUAUAAAUUGAUUAAUUCUGUACUACGCAGUACGGAUGGCUCUAAUUUCCCACGUGAACAAUUGCAAACACUUGGCCCAUUCAGUUUUCUACUUGAUGUAUAUUUAAAAACACUAGGCAAAAGAAACAACUUUACAGUUUUUCUUGGUGUUACAUUAACAGAAGAGGAAAGAAAAGCAUAUAUACCACCAGAGUACCCUUAUUUGCACUUUAGCUCCUUCACAUCAACAAGCCUCAAUCGUAGCAAAGCAGAAGCGUUUGGUAACACAUUAUUUAUUAUCGAUUUAGAUCAGGAGUACGGUUAUGAUGGUGGUCCUAUGCAAUCUGGUGCAGAUAUCUCAUUCCUUUCUGAUUUUUCUGACGAGCAGGAAGUUUUAAUUUGGCCGGCAACAUCGUUUCGUGUAAUAAAAUAUGAAUAUGAUAGUAUCAAAAAUAAACAUAUUAUUCAUAUGGAAGCGCAAGAUAUGGCCCCUUAA